GCAACACAUAAAACAGACAGAUCUGGUCUUGCUACUAUAAUCAUCAAUAUUAUUUUUAACUUUGUUUGCAAACAUUUGUGUAGUUGUCAAUUAUCACUUUAUCAGUGAAAUUUGAAGUUGAAGCGUCAGGCUUAGUAAGAUAUCAAUUUUAUAGCAUAAACAAUUACGGUUUCACAUGUAAAACGCGUAUAAGCUGCUGUAAGUAGAUAACUUCUUCGAACGAAUCUAGUAUUUUGAACACUUAGUCGCGUGAUCAUCCCAAGUUCAAGGUUAUUUAUUGAGUUCGAUACUUCGAAAACGAUGGGCUACCUGACUGACCAAUCCACUUAUACACAAACAAGUUUGUAUGAUAGAGUCAAGAAGUUGUUGGUGUCAGAUGAAUGGAGUGACUGCACCUUCUCAGCAUCAGGAACAAAAUUUAAAGCACAUAAACUAAUUUUAGGGAUCAGUAGUCCUGUAUUUGAAGCUAUGUUUUAUGGGCCCUUGUCAUCAGAUGAUGAUAUUAUUAUUACAGACAUCCAACCUGAUAUAUUCCAACUGAUAUUGAAUUACAUUUACACAGAUACAGUAGAACUGAGCUCCAUACAUCAAGCCUUUGAAUUGUUAUAUGCAUCUAGGAAAUACUUGUUAGAACACUUAUCUGAGCUAUGUAUUGCUCACAUACAAAGUAAUCUAAGUGUAGACAAUGUCAUAGAGGUGUUAAAUUACCCAGACUACAUGCAAGACACACAGCUGAUCACAUUUGCACUGAAGCUGUUCUGUGAACAUGCAAAUUAUUUAUUGCAAGAAAAAAAGAAGAGCAUUACAUGCUCCUGUUUCAAAGCCAUCCUAGAAAGUGAGCAAAUGAACAUAUCUGAAAAGGACCUUAUAAAGCAUGUCUUUGAGUGGUCUACAUAUUGCUGUGAGCAGACUGAUAUACCAGACACAUUUGAGAAUAGGCGAGAUGUACUUAAAAGAAAUGGUUUAUUUAAACUGCUGCGGUUUCUGUCCCUGACUGUUAAUGAACUUGAAGAAAUUUAUUCUGAUUCCAAUAAUCUUUUGUUACCAUAUGAAUAUGAAAACAUCAAGAAAAUCAUUAAAAGUUCUAAUAUGGAUGGUAAAGACGAAAUUGGACCUAUUGGCCUCACUGACAUACCAAGGGAUUUGUUAAAACUGCAAUGGCACCUUUGCUAUAGAAGUCCUAUUAGAUCUGUAGCUCCUAUUGUUAUUGACUCUAAUAAUUUUGCCAUACAUUCGCGUAUAAAAGUAAACAAAUCUAUAUUUAUCAAUUCACUUUGCAUUCCUACAAGAAUGGCACCGGCUGUACAUUUCCGCAAUAAUGUAGCUAAGGCAUACUCGGAGCAAUUAUCAGUAUCUAUCAUAAGUGAAUCAGACAAUAGUGUUAUUAAAUUGACAAACUUCAUGAACACUGUUGGAUAUGACUCAAUGGUUGAUAUAGAGCUUUCAGAACCCUGUUUUAUUAAGAAGGACGAGUGGUACAAAAUAUGUUUUAAGUGGCCGCGUAACAGGCUGCACAGUUAUUCCUACGUCGUGGAAUUUAGACACAACCACUAUACUGGUCAUAAGGUGUCAUUUGAAUUCGACGAUCUUACGUUUAGCGCUGGUAAUGGCGGUAGUUUUCUCGGCGGCCUAAAAUUUUGUUUGUAAUUAUGUGCCAUCUAAUUAUAAUUCUUUGAAUACCUCAUAUAAGCGGAAAUUAAUUUUAAGUUCUUAACUUUAUAGCAUAAAUGUAUUAUUAGUUUAAAGUAUGUUUAGAAUAUUUAAGUCGAAGAAUAAAUUUAACCGAGGUCAGGGAUUUUAUAACUUCUAUUUAUUUACCGAUUAUUUAACUUAUUUUUUAUGAAUGGGCUGUUGCACCUUAGCAUCGACUUGCAAAUUAAUCUCAAUAAAAAAAAACUAGAAUUAAAAACCAAAGAAUCAUACGUAGAUUAAAAAAAAAAACAGUAGAUGCGAUUUCAAUAUUAAAAUUUUAGGCUUACAAAACUUCAAUUAACUAAGUAGUUAUAAGUUAUUGGAAUGAUAAAAUUAAUACAUUCUAUUUUAUCAGUAUAGUGUAGUAUUACUCAGAAUAGUCAAGUGGAAUCUCACCACGCCAAUGCCUACUGGGCAAGUACUGCAAGUUCGAUCCCGCAUGGCAGAAAUAUUUAAGUGAUCUACAUCUGAGUCUUUGUAUUAUCUGUGCAUGUAAUUGUAGUGUCGACACAAGAAAUGGAAAAAAAUGUGGUAGUCCAGUAUUAAAAAUCAAGCUGUUUUGCUAUGUAAUAGCAAAACAGCAAUAUCAAUAGCAACUUUGUGCAUUCUCCUGUAGACAAGUAGGUACCUAUUUAUUGAUGUAUACCUGCUAGCAUUAUGUACUUAUAAUAAAUAAAUUAUUUAUUAAAU